ACACAAGUUCACCUUUUUUGCGGAAAAAAAAAAAAGCUUGAUCACUCUCUUCUAUCAUUGAUACUAAACAUCAUAAUUAAUCUUCCAUUUGGGGUUAUAGUAGAGGAGAUCCACCGAUGGGAAGAGCACCUUGUUGUGAGAAAAAUGGUCUUAAAAAAGGUCCAUGGACCCAAGAAGAAGAUCUUAAGCUCAUCCAGCAUAUUCAAGUCCAUGGGCCAGGCAACUGGAGAAAUCUUCCCAAGAAUGCCGGGCUUCAAAGAUGCGGAAAGAGUUGUCGGCUUCGAUGGACAAACUACUUGAGGCCUGAUAUAAAGAGAGGAAGAUUCUCUUUUGAAGAAGAAGAGACUAUAAUCCAAUUACACAGCAUAUUGGGGAACAAGUGGUCGGCUAUCGCUGCUCGCUUGCCAGGAAGAACUGACAACGAAAUCAAGAAUUACUGGAAUACUCACAUCAGAAAAAGACUCCUCAGGAACGGGAUUGAUCCGGUGACUCAUAGUCCUCGGCUUGACAUCCUUGACCUAUCGUCGAUUCUUCGCUCCACUCAGCUCAAUCUUUCGAACUUACUUGGGCUUCAGACACUCGUGAAUCCUGAACUCUUAAGGCUUGUUUCAACUCUCUUAGCAUCGCAGCCUGAAAACCCUGAGAUGCUUUUGCAAAAGCUUCAAGAAAACCAACUUUUGAACAACGAACUCCAGAAUCAAACCCCUAUGCUUCAAUCCACAAAUCUCCCUUCUUCGUCAGUUCUUAACCAAGCACAAAUCAUGCAAGGGAUGGACAUGGGACAAAUUUCCAUAAAUUCGACAGACUUGAGUUGUGAAAAUUUCAUGAAAAAUGUUAUGCCUUCAAGUUCGAAUAUUGGAAGCUUUGGUUCCCUGCCAAAUUAUGGCUAUAACUUAGCAGCCAAUCCAUCCGACAACUCGGCCUUCCAAUUACUCAACAACACAGCAGCUGCCCGUAAUGGCACCUUUGAUUCAGUUAUAUCUCCACCCAUGUCAAGUUCGACGCCCAUGAACUCAUCUUCCACAUUCAUCAACAGCAACAGUACUACUGAAGAUGAGAGAGAGAGCUAUUGCAGCAACAUGUUCAAGUUUGAAAUUCCAGAGAGCUUAGAUUUUGAUGAUUUCAUGUAAAGAUUUUAGCAUAAGCAUAUAUUUGUCUGUUUUGAACGUUGCUUUUUGUAUUCUGGUUUUGUUAUUUCACACUUGUAGUUGAUUUUAGCAUAAGCAUAUGUUUCGUUAUUUCAACCUUUUUUGGUUGCAGAAUCAAUAAUACAUCAUUUCUCUUU